AUGAAUUCCCAACUUCCGAAUAGAGAGCGAGCGGUGUCCAGCGACAGGGCGGAGGCCGCGCCCGUCCCGCAAAGACCGGGGCUCCCCAACCGCACCAUCUCCGCUCCCGCUGGGGGCCUGUAUAAGCUCGAUCCGGCCAGAAUGGCCAUGGACUCGGCCAAAAUGGAGCGGACUCUAGUGGAGGAAGAUGAACGGUCUCCAUCGGCUGAAGGACACAGGAGCUCGUCGGCCCGUUUCGGUGGUGAGGCCUUAGCGGAUUCACUCGGAGAACACGGACUCCCAUUGAGUCAUGCCGGCAAUGAGUCCAUUCGGAAACCGAAUUUCCCCCAUGUGAGCAUCGCCGUGGUUGGUCCAGAUCAUGUGGGCAAAUCAACUUUCAUUGAAAGCGCACUGGAGAUGAAACACUCCCUUUCCUCCCGGACAAUGACAAAGAAGAUGUCCCUUGAUGGGACAGUCUACCUCGUUCGACUACUGGAGAUAGAUACACUGGAGAUCUCGAUCGGAAGCAAUGGCGAGGUCCAAUGGCCACGGUUAGGAAAUGAUACACCUCCCUCCGUUGAUGGGGUGCUUGUUCUUCAAGACGUGACUCAACCUGCAAGCCUUGCCAACAUUAAAGGCCUACUAGCCGCCUUGGACGCUUCCUGCAUACCUCAUAAAUUGGUUGCAAGUAAAUGCGACAUGCAAACCCCUAAUAGUCCAGUUGAGCCAGUCAUGGAUGGCUAUGAGAUUCUUCGCACCUGCCCCGAUUCACCACGGUCGCAGAAGAUGUGUAUUGCCCUGGUUUUGCGAUCCGUUAUCAGCGACAGGAAUGCUGCAGAGUACUCAUCUGAUCGUACUGUCACACCGGGCUGGCGUCAUAGUCGUGCCAGCUCAGAAACCCCCACAUCCGUGUUCUCGGGAGCCGCAGGCGGCCCAAUUACAGGAGCUCUGGACCCAGGGGUCGAUGGGUACGGUGUAGAUCGUCAACUGACCGACUCAACUCCCUCUAAUGGACAAGGCCCACGCUAUGCCCGGAGCAACUCACACCCUCUGCGACCGCACACGCCUCCCUCGGGACGACUGAAUCAGCGCAAGCCUUCAGCGCCGGGAGAAUCAUCCCCGGGCAAAGAUUUUAAUCGACAGCAUCGGCUUCAUGCGGCCUGGCGCAACAGUGGUGGGUCGGACGCUUUCAGUAGCUUCAUCGAAAUGGGAGAAGAGAUGGAUGGGCCCCGAAGCAUUCCGUCGAGCCCAGGAAGCAAAGACAAGACGCCGAGUGAGAGCUCUUCCAAUGAGAAUGGCUUUACCUUCGAUGAGCUGGUCGAUCGGCUAGUCGCACAGCCAAUGUCGAAGCAUGACUCUAAAUUCGCAUCGAUCUUCCUGUGCCUGUACCGCAAAUUUGCCGCCCCUUCCUCUUUACUGAGCGCUUUGAUCAAUCGAUUUGAGCGGAAUGAGCGAGAAACCUCCGAUCAGCUUACGCGCAUUGCCGACCAACUGAGACUACUUACCGUCAUGGCCCAGUGGGUGUCAGAGUAUCCAGGUGAUCUGGCCUAUCCCAAGACGCGGAAACGGAUCACUGAUUUUGUCGCCAACCUGGAAAAGAGCCAUUUCUAUAUGUUUGCGGCCAAAGAGAUUGGGUCGUAUCUUGAGGUCAACACCGAGGAUGAUAAUAUCGGGUGGCCGUUUAGAGACGGUGAGGUGGAGGAGUUUGAUCCAACCGAGCCUACUUUUCAGUACUCGGGUCGAAGCUCGCCGUCAAUCUUCCUGGGACCUCCUCCGCUGAGCGAUGAGGGUGAUGAAGAGGAAGAGGAUCCGAUCUACAAUAUGAGUGCGUUGGACCUCAGUGAGGGCGCACUAGAGUCUGGUUCGAGGCUGUCGGCGUCCAUGACGAACUCUUUCACAGCGGAAAAGCCCGGGACUGUGGCAAGCCAGUCGUUCACGGCACUCAACAUUGAGUCAGCUCAGAGAGAGGCUUCACAUUUGAAUUUGACGCCCCGCAUUCCGUUGACGAAGGUGCAAUGGCGGCAAUUCAUGGAAAUUCCCGAUGAAGAUUUUGCUCGGGAAUUGACGCGCAUUGACUGGAUCAUGUUCAAUUCUUUCCGCCCACGAGACCUCGUCCGACAUGUUAGCAUCACCGGUGCGGACAAAGACAAAAUUCACAGCCUCAAGCAUGUCAAUCGGAUGAUCAAACAGUUCAACCACGUGGCAUUCUUUGUUGCAAGCGUCAUUCUCCUGCGCGACAAGCCUAAACACCGGGCCAAGGCGCUAGAAAAAUUCAUGAACGUUGCAUUUAAACUUCGAAGACUGAACAACUACAACUCCCUUGGGGCUCUUAUUGCUGGAAUUAAUGGAACUCCGGUACAUCGGCUUUCCCAGACUCGGGAGCUGGUGCCGAUGCAGACGCAGAAAGACUUCAUGAGGCUGGUCAUCCUCAUGGGAACACAAAAGAGCCACUUUGCAUAUCGCCUGGCGUGGGACAACUCAUUCGCAGAGCGGAUCCCGUUCCUGCCGCUGCAUCGACGCGAUCUGGUUUCCGCCGAGGAAGGAAACAAGACGUUUGUGGGCGACACGAAGAACCGAAUCAAUUGGCGCAAGUUCGAGGUAAUGGGUGAAGUGGUGCUGGGGAUCCAACGAAGCCAGAAGACGCCAUAUCCACACCUUGCCAAAUUCGACGAAGUGACUCGCCUGAUCUUGGACAUCAAGCUAUCUGGUGAUGAAGAGGAUUUGUAUACACGUAGUAUGCAGGUAGAACCCUCCGCUGGCGGUGAUACUGGACGGAAGAAGUUUGGCUGGCUGCGAUCCUAG